GUACGGUAAGAGUUCGAGAAUGGCUUCCCCACCACAUUGAAAGAAUUCGAAUAACCGAAGACCUGAUUCUCUCCUUCGUUCUCAUUCUUCCGGUGCUGGUGCCGGCGUUAUAUGGUUUUGUGCUCUGUAUUAGUUUUACUUCGUUUAUUUUGUAGAUUAAUAAUGGCAGGAAAUAAGGAACGUACCUUCCUUAUGGUUAAACCCGAUGGUGUUCAACGUGGACUCAUUGGUAAAAUAAUUCAACGCUUUGAAGACAGAGGUUUUAAACUUGUAGCGAUGAAAAUGAUACAGGCAAAUGAGGAUUUAUUAAAGAAACAUUAUGCAGAUUUGGCAUCCAAACCAUUUUUCCCAGGUUUAAUUAAAUACAUGAGCUCAGGACCAGUUGUGCCAAUGGUAUGGGAAGGUUUAAACAUAGUAAAAACUGGCCGUGUUAUGUUAGGACAAACAAAUCCAGCGGAUUCUUCACCUGGAACAAUUCGUGGUGAUUAUUGUAUCCACGUUGGACGCAAUGUUAUUCAUGGCUCCGACUCUGUUGAAUCUGCCAAUAAAGAGAUCAAACUCUGGUUUGGAGAAGAAAAGGAAGUUAUUGAUUGGGCAUCUUGGUCAGAAAGCUUGGUAUAUGAAUAAAACAUGUGAAAUCUUCAAUAAAAAUAUUUAUUGCAAUACCUA